CAUUUAUUGCUAUAGUUCUCGGGGUCGCUGGAAACCGCGUAAUUGUCUGUUCGAUUAGCAGCCCCAAGUUCGAAUACUCAGCGCGUCUUUGCAAGUACACCAGCUUCUUUUCCCUUUACCUGCUCCAGGCCCAGGAGACCGCUGGCAAAUCUAUUGGGCAAACAUGACGAGUUUAGCAUUCCCGCCCAUCUUUCUGCUCCCUGUCCACCUUAGCCCCGAGCAGUUACAGCAGCUUGUAGAAACUAUUCCAACUCUGACAUCCAACAUCAACGAAGCCAGCCUCGUUCUUGGGAACGUUACGCAACGCAAGAGAGCGUUGUUCGAACUGAGAAAGCGACAUGUCCUGACAGAACCCUUGGAGUCGGCUUUGCAUGUUUCUGUCUCCCGUCGACCAGAAGACGCCGACUCCCAUGCCACGAGCAGCGACACGGUGAUCACCAUGAAUGGUGAUAACCAGAGUGCCCACAGGGAGGAUAAAGUUAUCAAGGUUGUGAAGCUCAGCUGGUUCACCGACUCACUCAGGCAACACGAAUUACUGCCCCUCGAGGAUUAUAUAGUGUAUGCAGGUCGUCGCAUGCGAACUUAUUCGCACGUCCGAAACAGCGACCGGGUUGUCGCAGAGGCCAGUGAAACACAGGGGACUGGCGGCGCCGGACGUAGACCGUUUCGGGAGAAACUACAUCGUCACUUUCAGCCUCCCUCUCUUUUUUUGCGGACCACAUCCGAACACGACGACAACAACAAUCAGUCAGACAUGCCGAUGUUCCCGAUGACCCCCUUCUCUUGCCAGCGACGCGCCCCUAACAACCCGCCCAACAAAGCCUUCAUCGAUCAGCUGAAGCAGAUCCGGGAGAAGCGGCUGCUGCUUGGGGAUCAGAUUGGGGUACGUGCGUACUCUACGUCUAUAGCCACGCUGGCGGCAUACCCGUAUGCUGUCGCAGACCCCGCUGAACUCGAAAAACUGCCGGGCUGUGGUACGAAGAUCGCCGAGUUGUAUAAUGAAUGGAAGUGGACCGGAAAGCUGAGCGAAGUGGAGGAGGCUCAGUCUGAUCCGAAACUUUGCGUAAUCCGGUUGUUCUACAUGAUAUGGGGCGUCGGAGACGCAACUGCCAGGGAGUUCUACAACAAAGGCUGGCGGGAUCUGGACGAUAUUGUCCAAUACGGUUGGAACUCGUUGACUCGUGUUCAGCAAAUUGGCGUCAAGUACUAUGACGAAUUUCAGCAGACAAUACCCCGGGAAGAAGUAGAAGCCAUAUUCGAUACAGUACUCCACCAUGCUCGCAACAUUCAUCCCGACUGCCGUGUGAUUAUUGUCGGUGGAUAUCGGCGGGGAAAGGAGCGUAACGGCGACGUGGACUUAGUAGUCAGCCACCCGGAUGAGUCGGCAACAUAUAACCUAGUCAGCAGACUGGUGGACAGUUUAGAGCAAAGUGGCGAUGUCACCCAUAUUCUCACAUUGAGCUUGCGCAACAGCGAACGUGGUCAGACACCAGUUAGCUGGAGGGGCAAUAGCACAAAGGGCACGGGAUUCGACACCCUUGACAAGGCGCUGGUGCCUCAGGCGUCCAGAAUGAACAUCGCCUCUCCUGGGCCGCACCGCCGAGUGGAUAUUAUAGUGAGUCCUUGGAAAACCGUCGGGUGCGCCAUCCUUGGAUGGUCUGGGGAAACCACUUUCCAACGGGACCUCCGGAUUUACUGCAAGAAGAAAAUGCUGCUUAAGUUCGAUAGCAGCGGGGUUCGGAGCCGGAUCAAUGGCUCCUGGGUGGAUUUAGAGGGUGGCAAGACGGGAGUGGCGCCAGACUUUGUAACGGCGGAGAAGAGAGUCUUCAAAGAACUCGGCCUCGAGUGGAUUGCUCCGGAAAACAGGUGCACCGGAUAA